AUGGUCGCGACUUUGAAAUACAAAAAACAACAAAAUAAUUUACAAGCCAUAGCGGUCAGAAAGACCGACAUCCAACCUAGAUUGGUAAGCGGGAAUAACUGGCAAUCCAAUGAAGUAUAUAAUGUGUCUCCAUCUUUCCGAUUCCGGGAAUGCAGUAAAGUGUAUAGGGAGAGUUCGAUCAGUUCAGUUACCAUUAAUAAAAAGGAAGAGGAGAUGGAACAAGAGAAUGAUAGAUAUAUGGCUUCCAAAGACACAGAGGCUGGAAAAGAAAACGGAGAGGUGCCAGGCAAACUUUAUACUUGCAGUUAUUGCAUGAAAUGUUUUAAACAGAAGAAUCACCUGAUGGAUCAUCUGAAAUUACACCUGAAAAACAUUGUGUACCAGUGUAACGUAUGCCAGAUGAUAUUUCCAGAUUCUUCAGCGAUGGCCGCCCAUAGGAAAACUCACACGCAAGGCAAGAAGUCUUGUCAGGUUUGCGGCAAGAUAUCUCGGCAGGUGUCACAGGCGAAUAACUCCAGAGAUUCGACCUACAAAUGCAGUGCAUGCCAGAACCGUUUAGCCAUAAGGCGCUUUGCGGAAAUGAAUGGACAGCAUAUGUACUACAGUGAGAACCGUGACCGUAGGCUGACGUGCCUCCUCUGCAACAAGAAGUUCUCAGUCAUUUCAGACCUGACUAAGCACUUGCGGGUGCACACAGGAGAACGACCCUUCCUCUGCCAGCUGUGCCAAAAGGGAUUCAAGCAAUCCUCCGCCCUCACCUCCCACCUCAGGACACACACAGGCCAGCGACCCUAUGUCUGCCAGCUCUGCUCCAAGGCGUUCACCCAGUCCUCAGCCCUCAACACCCACCGGAAGAUACACACCGCUAGUUUUCUAUACAAGCUCAAUAAUCAACCUGCAUCAGGGUAGUAAAUCCGUUAAACAGCUCAUCACAUUUAAGAAGUUGAUAAACAAAAUAGUGUAGAUUUUAACAUUGCCUUUAGUAACUUUAUAUUUUAUUGUAUAUUAAGGUAAAAAAAAAAAGGUGAAAUAAAAUGUUUUCAUUGACUUUUUUAAAAAUAUAUAUU